UUGUUGGUGACCUAGUACAAUGGAAAUGUCCGUACGAAUGUAUCAAUAAUAAUCAUACUAUAGGUCAAAAACUUGACUCGUUAGUUUCUAACUCAAAUAAAAUCUGUUAAAUUUGAGUGAAAUCGUAAUAACAUUUUUAUAAAUUUCAUAAUAGAUGAUUAUCGAAUAAUAAUUAAGUUUUAAAACUUUGUGCUUUAAACCUAUAGAUAAUUUGUUAAAACGUGAUUACUUCAGCAUAAUAGUUAUUGACUGUGUCAAUGAAAAGUUAACUAGAGUUUUUCAUUCCUUUUAGAAUAAAAAUAUGAGCUGACAUUUUUUACGGACAUCGUUCUUCACAUCCUAUUAUAGAAAAAAUGCAAUACCCAGAUUGUCGUCCCAUUAUUAUCAAGUAUCAAGUAAACUUGCUUUGAAGGGAGCAGUUAUUUAUUUUAAUAAGAAGUAUUCAAUACUAUUGAUUGGAUAUUGAAUAAGGUUGAAAAUGUUUGAGUCACCAAGAAGUCUGCAAGAAGUUUGUGUGGACUUUAUCUGCGAUAAUGUUUUAGCACUUUGUGAAGUUCAUUCAAGUAAUAUCGGAAGUACCAAUUUCAAUCAACUUUCAACAACCACCACAGAAGAAGGACGAUUAAUUUAUAAUGCUAAUGACGAUAAUGGUCUAUUAGUUACUGCAUCCUCAGCAGCAGCAUCUGUGAAUGAUAUUAAUUUUUGUUCUUUAACGAGACUUAAUUUUAAAGAUCCCGAAAUUUUUUUGCCAGCUCAAAUUUCCGAACAAUUAUUAGCUUCUCUUUGCGAGAAAAAAGCCUUGUCUGACCUGACUAUAACUCUUUUCGACUCAAAAACAACCAUAUUGAGGCACGUGAGACUCAAAGACGCUUCAAGUCUUUCUGUUAAAGGCUUAAAAGUUUUGAAACAGCAUAAAAUUAUAGAUUUAGAGGUAAAUGGACUUAAGGUCACGAUAAAUGAUUUAAUAGGAUGUCUUGGACAGUGGAGCUUAGACAAUCUUAGAUCUUUAAGUGUUGCAAAAGGAAGUUUCAUAGACUGUUCUAGAGUUUGUGUAUUUAUGGCAUUGAGCAAAUUACGAGCGCUUCACACUUUAAAUGUUUCCGGGACAGAAUUUAACAAACACGGGUUAGAAAUUAUUGUUGAGGAUUUGCCUUUAUUGGAGAGUCUUGAUAUUUCAUGUACACGUGUAGAUGAUAUAACACCAUUGAAAAAAUGUAAAAAUCGCUUAAAAAGUCUAGCUAUGUAUAAUCUUAAAAUAACCGGGUAUGGAAAUCUCAAAACUGUUCUCUCGGAACUCGACUUACUUAGAAAUCUUGAUAUUUCUGAUGAAAAAGAUUCACACACGUUUGAGAUGUUUGCUCCCAUCCGAUCAAAGAUAACGGACCUUCUUCGAGCAGUGCAUUGCAUGCCAUAUCUUUCUAGCCUAGAUAUUUCUGGAAAAGAUGAAAUUGAAGUAAAAGAUCUUAAAGAAUUUUUAAAAAAUCAUCCCCAUUUAGAAUUUUUAGGACUUGUACAUUCAGAUGCUUGUUACGAAGAUAGUCUAAUUAAUCCUGCCAAUAAAGAUUAUAGACCAGGAUUGAUUGUUAGUGGCAUGGCGACGGAAGCUCAAAUCUUAGAAGGCUUGCGAAGAUAUCCUCAUAGACCUAUUUAUGUACAAAAAUGUUUAUAUAAUUUAUUUCGAUUAACACCGCACUUUAAUGAACCACGAGUUGACGUGAUAAAACUCGUUAUACCAGGUAUGAGAGCUCAUCCAGAAGAGUUUCGUGUACAGAUGGCUGCAACAGCUUGCCUUUAUAAUUUAACUAAAGGGGAAUUAGCCACGAAAAUACAUCCGUUUGUUCUUAAGCAAAUUGUUGAUUUAACACUUACGGCUAUGGAAUCUUAUCCUAAUCAUUAUCAGUUGCAAAAAAAUACUCUAUUAACAUUAUGCAGUGAUCGGAUUUUACAAGAUGUUCCUUUUGAUAAGUACAGGUGCGCAAAAUUAGUAAUGAAUUGUCUUUCUGCAUUCGAUGACGCGUCUAUGAAUCGAAUGUCAGUAGCUAUUUGUUCAAUAUUAGCUGCUAAAAUUUCUACAGUAGAAACUUCAAUGCUUGGUUCUAAGCCUCAAUACAUGUCAAAACUUCUUUCGAUGGUAAGAUCAAAAAUCCAAUUACGAUCUGUUGAUAUCACUAUGAGAUUUACUUUGAGUGCAUUAUGGAAUCUGACGGAUGAAAGCGCUGCGACCUGUAAAGUUUUCCUUGAGGAAGGUGGAAUGGAGCUUUUUUUAGAGGUUCUUGAAUGUUUUCAAGGUGAAUCUAGUGUAGAAACAAAAGUUCUUGGGUUGCUCAAUAAUAUAGCUGAGGUAGGCCAUUUGAGACAACGAUUGAUGCAGUCACGCUUUAUAAGAAUGCUCUCAAUGCUCUUGGAUUCAGAGCACAUCGAUGUGUCUUACUUCGCAGCGGGUAUUGCUGCACAUUUAUUAAGUGACGGUCCAUGCGCUUUGAUGACAUGGACUGCUGAUCCAUCAUUACCAACAAGGGAACAGUUAUUAGAUCAAUUGGCCAAUGCAGUUACAAAUUGGCAAACACCGCAAGGAGAAAUGGUAGCUUAUCGGAGUUUCCAGCCAUUUUUUUCGCUUCUCAAACGUAAACAAGCUUAUCCAGUACAGCUUUGGGCUGUGUGGGCAAUCCAUCAUGUCUGCACUAAAAAUCCUAAACGAUAUUGCGAUAUGCUGGUUCAAGAAGGUGGAACAGUACUUUUAAAAUUAUUAGUACUAAAUGACAAAGAGAUUCAAUCGAAUGUAAGAGCAUUGUGUCGUUCGAUUCUAGAUACUAUUUCACUUUACCCAUGUUAACGACGUGUCAAUAUGUUGGAAAUACGACAAGCUAGUCAAUUUAACCAUUUGAGAGAAGAACGUUUACUAUUGAAAAUCUCCUAAAUAAAAUGAUUGAAAUGGUUCGCUCGUGAAUAUUAUUCUGUAAUUUAAUUUUUUAAAAUAGAGUUUAUAGUAACAUAUAUAUAAAUAUAUAUAUUUUAAGGUGGCGUAAAUAAACUGAUUAAUUUCUAUUUCUUUGUUAUCGUAUGAAAAUUUCUGAGUCCAUAAAUCAGCAUGUUUAAGUGAUUUUUAUAAGUCGCUGAAGAAUCUAAAAAAUUGUAAAAAAAAAUUUUAAAAGUGAGUGUGUACUUAUGUACGCGCGAUAGGAGUUAUACUUCUUUGGCGUGACUAGAAAAAAUUUUAUUACGCAUGCAAAUGAUAUAAAUAUGUAGAAAAAUGUUCAUACUUUCUAUUAAAAUUAGAGAAAAAGCAAACUCCAAAAAACGGCUGUCCAAUUUCAAAACACAGCAAGAAACGAAUUUUUUAAAAUCGAUUUUUUAGUAUUUUCAGUUCCAGUGAAGUUUUGUGAACAUGAUUCAAUUCAUAUUCGAAAAUUUUUAUCUUUUUCAGUUAUUGUGUUUUGAAAUCAGGCAGUCGAAAUGUUCAAGUAUUUUGGGGUAUAAGUUAUCGAAUAAAAUCGGCAACUUAUACUCCAAAAUACUUGAAUUUUUCUGGAAUUUUUUGUUUUUCUACAUGUAAAAGAAAGUAUGGAAAUUAAUUUUACGUAGCAGCAUACUGUUCUUGUUUGAUUUUGAAAAAUUCGUUUAAAACGAAAGUUAAAGAAACCAAUGUAUUUUUUGUUUCAAUUUUCAAUCGUUUUGGGGGACGCGUUAACGUUAUCGGAUUAGACUCAAAUUUAACAAAAAUGUUUUUUUCCAUAUAUAUGUAUAUAUUCACAAUAAAUCACUUAUAUAAAUGAAA